AUGUCGCACGCAUUUUGCAGUUGGACGCACGAAAUCGGCUGGCCGGAGACGCGUAACUGGGCGGUUCCCAAACAGCAACUGUGUCAUCGAGCUCCCUGUUAUGACUUCGCAACAGGUCAGUCUGUAUGCCAUUGCCUCUUGAGGAUGGGUACAAUGGUAGCGUCGCGCACGCGGUUGCUUUGGUCGGCUACAAUUGCAACCGUCGUGGUGAACGUUGUCCAUUUCUCUUGUGUUGGUAUUAAUAGCGUCGGACGGCAAGGUCUGGUGCCCAUAGGUACGUGCCUACGUUCGCAGCCUUUUGUUACUGCUGCGUGCUGGGAAGGCUCUGUCAAAUGGGAACGAUUCGGCGUGAAGGUAUCCCGACGAAUUCCGCAGGAUGUGCGGAGGUAUGCAACCCGACUUCGUUCCAAUCGAUGGCACAACGACGUCCUCUAUCGUGAUCGCCUGAAAAAAUCAAUAACUUGA